AUGGCUGAAAUGCGCACGUUCGUUCCUACGUUGGGACUACAAAAACAACCUUCAGAUCAAACUUUUAACCAACCUACAGUCCCUAGUUCCAACAAGGAUGGCAAAGAGAACAUUGCUCAGGAUUCAAAAAACGCCGUAGGGAAAUCUAAUUCUAAAUCAGUCGACAGCAGCAAUAAGCCUACGGCUUAUUCGGAUGCUCCCACUGUCACUGAAGAAGCUGAGCUGUGGAAAGAAGUGAAACGACGCUCUCGAUCGGCGCAAUCGCUACAGAAUGUACAACAGCCACAGAAACAAGAUCAGGAGUUAUCCGGCAAAAACACCGCAAAAAAAGGAUCUCCCGCACCACAGGAAUCAGCCAGAACAGGAGCAGUCGGAACAUCGACUGUAGCACGACCAUCCCAUCCUGACGAAGAACGGGAAGAAUUAGAUUUCCAAUUUGACGAAGAAAUAGAUAUCCCACGUGGGGGUGGUCGUGCGAAUCAUUUUACGGACAAUUGGUCUGAAGAUGAUGACGAAUCAGAUUACGAACUCUCGGACCAUGAGAUUAAUAAACUUCUCAUUGUGACUCAGGUAAGCAACCGUGCGCCGAAGCAUGAAGGCUAUGAUCGAACGGGAGAUUUUUCGACUCGUACCAAGAUCACCCAGGAUUUGGAGCAAAUUAUCAAUGAUGGUUUACAUAACUACGAAGAAGAUUUAAUAACGAUUAACUAUCGGCGGGGAGGAAAUUACAAGACUGUCAAUUUGAUUUCGCAAGAAGAAUUCGAUAAGAUAAUUCCAAAGCCGCCGAAACCAACUCAAGAAGCUCCGCCUCCCCCACCACCUCCAACAUUUGUAGAUACGGCUGCUGAAGAUGAUCUUCUUAAUGCUAGCACAUUAAGUGCAGCACAUCGUCGUAAGGCGCGUUUCUUUGCAGUUAACAAAGAUGAAUUUGUUGAUCCCAUCACACCUCGCAAACGCAAAACACGCCAUCUAACUAAUCCUCCUGUUGAAAGUCACGUUGGUUGGGUGAUGGAUGCAGUCGAACAUAGGCCGCGUACUACCAGCGUAGGAAGCUCGACCGGAACAUCGCCCACGGCCUCUAGCUAUGGUUCGCUGCCUCAAAGCUUGCCAACGUUCCAACACCCAUCCCAUUCGCUUCUGAAAGAAAAUGGUUUUACGCAACAAGUCUACCACAAAUAUCACAGCCGCUGCUUGAAAGAACGCAAACGCAUGGGAUCAGGUCACUCACAGGAAAUGAAUACUUUGUUCCGGUUUUGGUCGUUCUUUCUACGGGAAAAUUUCAACAAGACAAUGUAUAAUGAGUUCCGACAGUUGGCUCUCGAGGAUGGCGCCGAAGGUUUUCGCUAUGGAUUGGAAUGUCUUUUCAGAUUCUAUUCCUACGGAUUGGAAAAGAAAUUCCGCCAACAAUUGUACGAUGACUUCCAGCAGGAAACAAUUAGGGAUUAUGAAAGUGGUCAACUGUAUGGUUUAGAAAAGUUUUGGGCUUUUCUGAAGUACUACAAAAAUGCUUCAAAGAUGAGUGUCGAACCUAAAUUGAAAGAGCAUCUUGAUAAAUUCAAAUCGAUCGAAGAUUUCCGCGUGGUGGAGCCGCAGAUAAAUGAAAUGCUCGAAGGCGUAGGUAAUCUAAAAUCUUCGCCCUCGAAACGAAGACCUCGCAGCGUAUCGGAGAGUGAAGGAGUAACUGCUGUUGCUGGUCCAAGUCACGUUCGACGUUCGAACAAUGUUGGAGUCUCUGGUUCUGCAGGAAGUUACAAUCAACAUCAGUACAGUAGAAAAAGGUGCGAUUCUGCGGGAAAUCGGAUGGUAGAUGUUUCGAAUCGUCCAAGCCCAUCGCAACGAAUUCGGACUGGUUCCUUCGGCGAUGGUGCAGCAAAAGUUAUGAGUGGAAGACCAAGAAGUGGUUCAGCUGGUAACAAAGUUGUAAGAGUAACACCUAACGAACGGUCUGUGAUCAAUCGUGGCGGAAAUCAAUUACCGAAUCACAGUAAACAAAAACAGCAAUCGACACCUGGUACCAGCAGCAGUACCAGUUCAACAAAACCCACAGAUACGUCCAGCACAUCUUCAUCUGGUACAAAUGCUCCUAUUGAAAAAACAUCUUAGUGUGGGCCAUGGAAAAAUAUUAUCUACUGAUAAACUUUCAAAUAUUUUUUGUUUUUCGUGGAGGGUACUUUCGUUGAAGAAGUGUGCCAACGCUGAACACAUUGCAUUGAGAGGAAAACGUAUUUAUUCACAGGGUCUAAUAAGCUAGCUAUCACAGAUCCAUGGUAAAAAGUGUAGAAACAAUAACACAGUUUGUUGUCACUUUUCCUAUUCGUGUCGCUAAUAAAUCACCGUAUUUUGCUAUGACAUUUUUUGAAGCCUGAAA